UUGCCGGGCGGCCCCAGGUGGCCCCGCCCCUUCGGAGACUGCCGCGAGCCGGCCAAUCCAGGCAGGCCGCGGCGCCGCGCAGCCUAUCAGUGGCCAGGGCUCGCGUGCGCUUCCGCGUUCGCGUGCGCUUCCGCGUUCUCGUGCGGAACCGGCCUGCUGCGCAGGGACUGGGAGAGGGCGCCGGAGCCCACGCUCGCCCGCGGCUCGGCUCAGCCAGUCUGCGAGUACUCAGGCUGCCGCCCCCCGGGGGACCCGAUGGCCUCGGAGGGCCUGACGGGAGCGCUGGCUGCCGUGCUGGCGGGCCAGGGGCCGAGCGUGCAGAGCUGCGACUCGGCGCCGGCCGGGGAGCCGCCGGUGCCCGUGCGGCUGCGGAAGAACGUGUGCUACGUGGUGCUGGCCGUGUUCCUCAGCGAGCAGGAUGAGGUGCUACUGAUCCAGGAGGCCAAGAGGGAGUGCCGGGGGUCGUGGUACCUGCCUGCGGGGAGAAUGGAGCCGGGGGAGACCAUCGUGGAGGCGCUGCAGCGGGAGGUGAAGGAGGAGGCGGGGCUGCACUGUGAGCCGGAGACACUGCUGUCCGUGGAGGAGCGGGGCCCCUCCUGGGUCCGCUUCGUGUUCCUCGCUCGCCCCACAGGUGGAAUUCUCAAGACUUCCAAGGAGGCCGAUGCGGAGUCCCUGCAGGCUGCCUGGUACCCACGGAGCUCCCUGCCCACUCCGCUGCGAGCCCAUGACAUCCUGCACCUGGUUGAGCUAGCCGCCCAGUAUCGCCAGCAAGCCAGGCACCCUGUCAUUCUGCCGCAAGAGCUACCCUGUGAUCUGGUCUGCCAGCGGCUCGUGGUCACCUUUACCAGCGCCCAGACAGUGUGGGUGUUGGUGGGCACAGUGGGGAUUCCUCACUUGCCUGUCACUGCCUGUGGCCUCGACCCUGUGGAGCAGAGGGGUGGCAUGAAGAUGGCCAUCCUGCGGCUGCUGCAGGAGUGUCUGACCCUGCACCACUUGGUGGUGGAGAUCAAGGGGUUGCUUGGACUGCAGCACCUGGGCCGAGAUCACAGUGAUGGCAUCUGUCUGAAUGUGCUGGUGACCGUGGCUUUUCGGAGCCCAGGGAUCCAGGAUGAACCCCCAAAGAUUCGGGGUGAGAACUUCUUUUGGUGGAAGGUGAUGGAGGAAGACCUGCAAAGCCAGCUCCUCAAGCGGCUUCAGGGAUCCUCUGUUGUCCCAGUGAACAGAUAGGGAGGUGGAGGAGGUGACAAGGAGCUAGGCAGCCAUGCUCCCUCUAGUGCAGACGUGUCUCCCUCUGAGGGAGGCAAGAGGCUGGCGAUCAGGGAUCUUGUUGCAUUGGGAGCAGGGGCGGCUCUCCUGGUUCCCAGGAGAGAUGCUUUGAGGAGCAUUCCUCUACAUUGCACAAGGGACAGUGCCUUUAACCAAGCAAGGAGUCCAAAGCUCAGGACCUGACAACCCUGAGGGCACACUGACACCUCUCCCCAGGGGGAUGGGGAGCUUUCUGCACCACCAGUGGUAUCUCCUCAUCAUGUUCUGUGCCCUCUUUGGGAAAGGCCUGCAUCCUGAUCCUUCCGGGCCCUUGGAGCCUGGAGGGGCACUGGGGAAGGUCUCCCGAGGGAGGAGCCCCUUGCUGAGUAAAGAGGUGUUACUUACCUUG